AGGGCCCGGUCUAAAGGGCACGAUGGCGAUCCUGAACUGCCUGUUGGCGAGGCAGCUCUGCUUCGAAGACGCCUCCUGUUCCGCCAUAUUGGAGAUCAUCCCGCGUGUCUGUGGAUCUGAACUUGUGGCCUGUUCAACGGUGACCGUGACGAAAUGCCAAGCUGCUUUGAGGACCCUGCAAGCUUUCCCGUUCUUCAAGCCGACCUGCCUCUGUCGAGAACCGAACGUCGAUCCUGAAUGUAACUCCUUCCGCGACUUCUUGUUUGACCAUCCCUGCGUGUUCGUGAUGAAGAAGGAAAAAGACCCGUACCCAGUGGAGACCCUGCCGACCUGCACGUAUGCCCUGAGCGUCUGCCACAACGAGAGAGCCUGCUCUGUACUCUUCGACCGAUUCAAGAACGCUUGCAAGGCCCGUGAUGGCGAAUGCCGGAUGGAUGACAGGGAAGCAUGCCGCGAAGCCUGGGCUGGUCUCCGUCUCUCCCCUCUCUUCGGCUGCAUUUGCCCCAACACACACAUGAAGAAGCGAUGCGACCGCAUAUUCGCUGUGGUAAACCACAACCCAUGUGUCGUAAAGCUGAUGUCGGAUGGAAGAAUCGCGAAUCGAAAUGGGACCGGUGUGACUUCGUGGAUCGGCGGAAUGUCAAUAACACAUGAUGGGAACCUGAUUGCUCCGGACAAAAUUAUGACGCACAUCCACCGUUAUGCAAGUCCUCACUACAAUCCCCACGGGCACCAUUACCAUCGCUGGAACCAUGAGCCGGGGGGGAGCGAAGAUCCCUUGUACGCGACCAAGACAGUCUACGGGCCAGGAUACAUUGAUGAAAACCAGAGAAUUGGAAAGGAAAACGGUAAACCAGGUGAUGAGAAGGUGGCUCUUCAGUCUACGUGCCACGUGGCGUUGGACGCUUGCAUCAAGGACAGCGAGUGCGUGACCUCUUUGACUCCUGUGCUGCAGAAGUGUCAUACCAGCGAUUGUGACAGGGAAGGGUGCAUGGCGGCUCUUAGGGGAUUUUAUCGGAAGACCGGAGUGCAUUGGAAUACUGAGAUCGCUUUUUGCCUUUGCAAGAAAACUGAUAAUCGCGAGGACUCGUGCAUGAACGCUCAGGAGCGUCUCCACCCGUCGUGUGCGCAGCGCCCAGCUGUGGGCUCCCCGCUCCCAGCUUGCCACACUCUUGCGCAUGCCUGCAGAGAAGAACCGGAGUGCAGGAUCCGCUUAGAAAACUACGAGCAAUGGUGUGCAGUGGACGCAGUUACCCAAGGUUGUGCAGGCUCUCCAGCCGCCUGCAGGGCAGCCGUGGUUGCAGUACUAGGCACCCAGCUGCGAGCAGCGUGUGCCUGCCGUGGCACUGACUUCGCCCAGCUGUAUGAUUGCCUUGGGUGGCAACGACUACUCUGGCUUAAUCCUUGCGUUGUGGAAUCUCAAAGCGACUACCACAUGAAGACCUACGGCCCGCUGAUGACGACCACGCCAUUUGACAACGGUAUCCGCUACAUCACGGUUGCGCCGGAAUCUCCGAUCUACCAUCGUACUACCACCCAUCACCAUCGCCAUACUACGCAGGAUAAGAGCUCUCAAAUUGAUACUAUUCAGGAGAACCGAGAUGAACUAAGCCCAAUUACCACCAUGUCGGAACAGACGGUGGGACCCAACGAAGUGGCGCAGAUCUCCGAACCCGUAAUUGAAACUACGACGGAAACUACAACAGCCCCGACUACUACGACUACGACAACUACGACGACGACGACUACUACGACUACCACGACUACUACGACUACACCGAGACCGACUACUACGCUGGAACCGACUAAAUAUUGCAUCGUGAAAAAGCCUGAGAGUGAUGAUCAGGCGCAGUACAUCAAGAUGGGUGAAACUCGACGACUAUAUCGUUCAGCUGAGCUGGCAGAAUGCACAGACCUGUGCGUCUGCGAGGCCACGCUCCAGGUAUCCUGCAAGGUGGCCUGUGUACCUCGAGCCCCAUGUUCCUCUCGCCUAGCCCACUACUCUCAUGCUGCACCAGCCUACCAGGCCUAUAGAGGAAGAUGCUACUGCUAUUCUGGGUCUUUCAUCUGCAUGAGGCCUAAUCCAGGUAAGGUUAAAGGUGAAUACAAGCUACCAGAAGGCGUCUACCUACUCCUGGGCUUCAGCGCAGUGGAUGAAGCUCUUCUUCGGCCACACACUGGCUUAGGAGCUGAAGAUGCUGUGCGUCUUUUGCAGCAGUACCUUUACACGGUACACAGUGAGGGGACGAAUUGCACGCUGACGUUGUUCAACAUCAGCAACGAGAAUGUGAUCAUCUCAGCGAGCGUCCCACCACGGGAGCAGGAGAUGCUGAGGGAGGCUGGAGACGCACUGCUGGACAGGGAAAAGGAGGAAUGCAUCGACGUCCUCAAAGUCGUGAAGUCCCGCAUCAACUCCCAGCACGAAGACAUCUCCUCCCAUCUUCUGCUCUCCAUCUUCAAGAUCGCUGAAGUCGACGUCGUGUACCCAACGCCCCCCAGCUCGGCCAUUACUUCCCACAAGCCAGUCAAGCUCUUCUACCUAACCAUAAUUCUCCUUACUAUCCUCUACAACCUCAAAGACACUAUUACAUUCAUCAAAGCUGUCCUUUUCUUCAACAUUUUCGUCAAUUCUUUGUCGAAUUUAUUCACUAUUAAGCUAAGAUUCGAAGGACGCAAUCCUUCAACGUUAGCCAUCGUUCCUUUCAAAAGAUAUUUUUUAAAAGAAAAUAUCAAUUUUAUAUCUAUUUUAAAAUGUUACGAUGAAUUUAUUGAUAUUAGACUAGUAGAUGUUGUUAAGUACACUGACAAUCAGCACGAUGCACUUGCUUCAAGUAAUUCACGAGUAAAACAUAUCACAAAUGAAAUAGAUAUAAGUUUUAUAGAUGUAAAUAAUAUUAAGGAAAUGAUACAUAUCAUAAAAGCUGUGAGUAUUACAAUAUUUAAUAAUUUAAAUGAACUUGUUGCUGAUGCAAUUAUACUUAAAUAUUUUUCUAGAGAUGUGUAUUAUGAUAUUGGAUGUACUUAUUAUGAUUCGAUGAAGCUUUUUGGUGAUUUCAUUUUUGGAAAUAUCGCGUCCUCUUCUUAUGGGAUUAUAAAAUCCGUUAGCUUAGGACUGAAUCUAGAAGUAGUUUGA